CAGUGGUGAUGGUAGUCUCAGUGAAAGUGGAGGUGACGACAGCACCAUCUCCAGCACCCUCACCAUCGAUACCGUCUAUGAGAGAAGGAGCGAGGAGGAAGAGGAGGAGGAGAGAGACACUAGAGGAGAAGAAAGAAGAAGAGAGUGUAAUGAUUGGCGUGCUGGCAUACCUUCAUCCAGACAUUUUCCUCCCUCAGCCACGAGAGAAGGCAAUCCUAGGGAACUCGUAUUUGGUGGACUGGCGAGUGAAGUCAUCGUGGGUGGAAGUACUGGUGGUGAUGCAGAGUGCUAGAAAGUCCACUCACUCCACUUCCACUCCAUUUACCACUGAUACAACCACCACCAUCACUGAUACUACCACCACCACCACCACCACCACCACCAGCGCCCUUCAGAAAGUCAGGGUCACAUCUCAGCUGCGAUUCUCUCCAUCUUUGACCACUACUAGUGAAGCAGUUGAUGAAAAAUACAGACUUGAUGAAGAGAUGGAUUGGAAUAUUACCUGCGCUCGUCUCCAGGUGGACCAAGCAGGUGUUCUUCAUAUGGAUUAUAACCCGUGUUCUUCAGUAGUGGAGGACACAGGUGGAAGGCUUGAGUGUACCUGCGAGGGGGAAGGCCUGUUUGGCUUCUUGCAGGUGUCCACUUCUUUUGUGAGGGUGGAUAAGGAAGAAGACGAAGAAGAGACGAAGGAGGAAGAAGAUGAUGACAAAGUAGAUGAAACAGAAGAGGAAGAGGACGAAACCGAAAAAGACGAGAAGGACAACGAAAACAAAGGAGAUGAGGACAAGAGGAAGGAGAAGGAGGAGAAGGAAGAAGAGGAUGGUGAUGAGUACUGGAGCUUCGUGGUGUUUGUGGUGUGCGUGCUGUCCGCGGUGGUUGCACUGAUGUGUCUGGUGCUGCUGUUCCCUGGAGUCUCCCACCCCCUCGUGCAGCUGCGCCUCCUCAAGUGUGUGGCCAUCGCAGCUCUCAACCUUGCCCUCGCAGCCAUCACCUUCUGGCCUCACGCCAAGUUCGUGAGGGAGGGCAUGGUGGUGGUGAGCGGCGCUAGUGUGGUGAUGUGUAUGGGCGUGGGCGUAAGUCAACAGUUGGCGCUGCAUCAGCACCUGGCAGUCACCACCCAGACCACGCCUCUCACCACGCUCACCACGCAGACAACCACUCUCUUCCUCGCAGGAGUGUCUGUGUUGGUCGGGUUGGCUGCUUGGGGUGCCCUGCCUCGCCAUACCCACACCCUGCCCUCGUCCUCCUCCUCGUGGUUGCUUGUGAGCGGGAACUGGGCUGGUGUGGCGGUGGUGGGCGGCGGCGCUGGCGUGGUGACCUGGGUGUGGGUGCUCGUGACCGUCCACAACCUUCGCAAGCUCUCAUUCAUUAGGGAGAAGACGCCGCAACAUCGGAGUGUGUCUAUGGUGGGAGGACGCGUGGCCCAGCUGACGGCGUUACUGGUGAUGGAAUGGAUGGUGUUCGCCAGUAGCCUCUUCCUGCACAACCAGAUCGGCCAGUACCUCUUCUGCGCCGCCUCCAUCUUGCAGAGCUCUGUAAGCCUAGUGCUGUACUGGGGCGGCAGCGGGGCGCCUUGCUGGUGCUUGCCUCAUCAUCCACUCGUCUCCACCCCGGGCCCUGCCGCCUCCCACAACGAGGGCGUGGGCAGCGAGGAGCGAGGCUGCAUGGGCGGGCUGAUGGCGUGCAGGCUGCCUUCCUCCAAGACAGGCAAAAAAGGCAAUGCCACGAAAGACGACACCUCUGAGUUCCGUGGCCGCGGAGGGUCGCUGUGGUCCCAGACGACAAGCACAAUGGUGCCCUUAGACCCCGCCGACCUGCUGCCAUCCUCCACGGACGCCACCCUUCAAGCACGCCGAGACCUGCCGCUGUACGCCCGCUGCGGCAGCAACGCUCCUGCCGGUGCUCGGAGACCCAGAAAUCUCUUCCUCAGAGGCACCAACUUUCUGUGUGGUGAGAACGUCACGAGCCCACAGGACCACAGCUCAGCAGGUACGUCCCUCGACGCAGAUUUGAGGGCAGCGAGGAGGCCGCGGGAGCUGUCCUUUAGCCUCCAUCAGGCCGUCAUCCACGAGGCGUCGCCCGCUGCGCAUGGUUUUCGCUCCAAGCAUUCAAAGGACAAAUACCUGGACAUGUCCUUGCAAAGGUCGGCCUGGCACUCACCGACAAACGGGCCGCCUGCCAGGGAGUACGUGAACCUGGAGCCCAGAGUCUCUGUCAGGGCAAGUGACACUCAGUCGUCGAGUGACAAGGGAGGAGAGGGGAGUGAAUAUCUACCCAUGGGAGGGGAAUGGAAAGGCAGGGAGGAGGAGGGAGGGACGAGCCCGCCUGCCAGCAGUGUGGGGCUGGCGGGGUGCCAGGUCAAGGCCAAGGGGCCAGUGGAGGGUGCCACGCAGGUCACGCCGUCACCGCCAGACAUCACCUCCCAGCCUAUGGUCGCCCAAGACGAUGAUGACGGCCCAUUGAAUGACUCCAGCACUCACUUGGAAACAUCUGGAGACGCAACAGGCAGGACAACACAGUCGCCGCACGAUGGAAGCAGGAUUGCAAGACGUGAGGGAACAGAUGACGCAGACAAGCCGCCAUGCUGCCCCGAGACACCGCCGCCACGAGGGGGUGAGACUCAUGAACCCCCAGAGUAAUGCUGUGACUCAUUUCACUUUUUGUUCCUCUCUACCACCAACGCUCCCUCUGUAUGUGUCUCUCAUAGACCCUUCAUGUGUCAUAAGGCCUUCCCUUUUUCACAACCACAUGCACCUGUUGCCUCCCAUGUUCGUAUGUCACUUUUUCUCCUGCUUAGAAACAUUGAUCAUGCUUCCACUUCACGUCCAGUCUUCACCCAUAAGUGAUCAGAAAAUCGAGAGAUCGCACAGAAAUUCAAGAGAGAGAGAGAGAGAGAGAGAGAGAGAGAGAGAGAGUGAGGGAGGCGUUCAUGAGCUGCAACAGUAAUGUAAACUCGCAAGUUUUUCAUCAUGAAUGGUAGGGCAAUGUAAGGAUCUUGCUACUGCUGCUGCUGUGGAAGGUGGGGCGGGGAACAUGUCGUCUGUCAACAAACUUAUCCAUGAUCGCCUGAGUCACGAUGUGGCAGGAAACUACUAUUUUUCCCGAGUCGCAUUUUUUGCAAGUGAGUGGAAUGGAAGGACCGUAUAGCCGCAUUGCAGUCAAUCAGCGGAUGUGUCGAGGGAGCAAAUGCUGACGGUGUUUGGCCUUCCUCCUGCUGCUGUCACCGCCCCCCCGACCACACCACCACGCCAUGCACCACCGCCGCCACGGGGACUAUGCGUAUGCUCGACACUAACCAGCCCAAGCCAAGGUGUUUUGAUCAGGCAGCCACAUCAAGCAGUCUGGCGUGUGAAGGUUGACAUUGAGAAGCGAACGCUAACUAUCUCAUGAUGGCAGCGCGGGCAUCCCCCUUUAACAUUGCACUGGCGCCUGGGUGUAGGUUGUAUACAUGUUACCGUUUAUGAUGGUGCCAGUUGCGACCUCGGUUGCGCGACACUGCUGACUACUGAUAUCACUCCCGCAUGGCUCAUGAACGACAUUUCUCGGAAGGUUCCCAGCGCAUGGCAGCGAUGAGACGUCCUUGAUGAAGCUCAGAGGCAUUGACCUGAGGCCCCGAGGCGCGCCGAUUGAACUAAGCUGCCCGUCACCCCUGACUACGCGUAGCUUUCAAUAAAAAGAGAAGCACUUCAACUUGCGCCAAUUGUAUGGAUACGUCACGUCACGGGCAGCAGUUGUUUAGCAUGUCUUACUCACUUCCAAUGUGUUUUGUGGGUUCACUCAGUCUUAAGUUCUCGGUUCUCUGGCUCAUUAAUAGUUUGUUAGUUGAUAAGGUUUGUAGCGAAACUGUCAGCUCAUCAGGAUACUUGUCGGUGGAAGGAAAGCGCUACACACGUUAUUGGAAAUGAAUUAAGCGUUAUUCAACUUUUCCUACCUCGUAAUGGUGAAACAAACUUACCAACAAGGGAAGAUAGUUUCUAUUCUACUUUUCAUCGUUCGUAAGGAUGAAACAGACUCACCAACAAUGAUGAUAGAUGGAAUAAUGUGUGUUCUACAUCCGAUUUUCGUAGUUAAAGAUAAAACAAGCUCAACAAAGAUGAUAGACAGAGCAGUGUCUAUAAACUUACUGCCAGUCGUCUUUGCACACCAAAGCCAAAAACUAAGCGUUGAAUUAGUUCCUGGAAAUGCAUGUGUAGCGAUAGAUAGAAGAAAGAAAGAAAUCGUAUUAACUCGUGUACGUAUGAUUAAUUCUACGUUUCGCAUGUGUAUCGAUAAUGGUUUAGAAGUAACGUGACGGACGGUUUUCAGGGUGUUACUUAUGAAGGAAAAAUAUCCUCGCUUCAUCAGAGCUAGAAAACUAAAGUUCUUAUACCAGUCUGUGUUCCUUGUGGUGCAGUGCUUAUAGUGGUUAGAAGUUAAACGAUGGAUGAACGGUUUUCAGGGUAUUACUUAUAGGAAAUUUAUCUUUAAACCGCCAAGUUAUAAAUCUAAGACGCUUGUUCCUGGUUGUAUUGUUUUUGUUUUUUUGUGUACGUUGUUUUUUUUUUUUUUUUUUUUGUGCUGUAUGUUAGUAAUGAUUUGUAAGGUAUGUGACGAACUGUUUUCUCAGGGCUUUGGUUUGGGCAGUGAGAUCAAUAGAUAGAUGUGUGUAUGAACAAAUAAGGAGAGAAAUGUAACUGUCUUUCCCUCCCCAAGAUCAACAACCGAGACCUGAAUUUAUUUAGUUUUCUAGGCUGGAAUGUUUGUGCCGGUAGGAAGUUGUACAGUAUUUCAUAAAGUGUUUUGUUUUCUGUUUCUUCUACAAGGAAAGAGUUUGGAAAAUAUAACAUGUGUACUAAGGUGUGUGUGUGUGUGUGUGUGUGUGUGUGUGUGUGUGUGUGUGUGUGUGUGUGUGUAUGUGUGUGUGUGUGGAUUUGGUGUUGUAUCAGUGGAGAGGUGUAAUUUAAAGUUAGUUGAAUUGUUGAGCAAUAGAAAAAAAAGAAAGAAAAUAAGUGUUUUGCAUGGGAUAUUGUUAAUGUGGUGUAAUAAACAGUGUUUCUUUGGGAGCUACAGCAUUAUAUUGUGUGAUUCUUAUGCUUCUCCUGUUUAAAAUGCCACUGAAUCAUGACUUUCACUGUACCGCCAUGUAUGAAGCAAUCCCAACA